CGGAAAGAGAUCUUAAUUCCUUUAAUCGAAAUUUUUGUAUUAGUGAUAAAGGGAUUCUGGGCAAAGAUAUAACACCAUAUUUACUUAAAAGAGUGAAUGAUCUCACUCAUGGUAGAUCUUUAAAGUCGAAUAUUGCAUUAAUCAAAAACAAUGCCAUGAUUGGAAGUCAGAUUGCAAAGUGUCUUGCGGAAUUUGAUCACAGUAGUAAAAACAUGAGUGAAAAACCAAUCGAAGAAGCAGAUUCAUCAUCAUUGCUAAUAUUUGGUGGCACUUCUAUGGAUGUAAUUUCGACUCUUGGCGCUACUGAAUCCAAAAAUCAUUCAUAUUACCACACAUCAUCUCCAGGUUCUGUAAGACAAUCUGCAGGAGGAGUUGGGAGAAAUAUUGCAGAAACAGCGUACAAGCUUAGUGCGAAUCCUUUAUUAAUAUCAACUGUUGGCAAUGAUUCGGCAGGGAACUGGCUAAUUGAGAACAUGAAAAAAAUUGGAAUGGAUACUAAGGGUAUACAAAUUGUAGAAAAUCAAAAAACUGCAAUAUACAAUGCAAUAAAUGAUCCUAAUGGACAACUUGUUUGCGCUGUUGCUGAUAUGGAGAUAUUUGAUAGUAUAUCUUCAGAAAAUGUUACUAAAUUUAUAGAAUCAAACAAAGCAAAGUUGGUUUGCUUCGAUGGAAACAUUUCUGUAGAAUGUAUGAGAACAAUAUUGAAUAUCUGUAAUACAAAGAAGAUACCAACUUUCUUUGAACCAACUUCAGUUCCAAAAUCAUUUAAAAUUUUAAAAAAUAAUUUAUUUUCAGAAUUUUUAACUACACAUGCACUAACAUAUAUAUCACCAAAUAUUUAUGAGCUUAAGGCAAUGUAUAAUGAAGCUGAAAAAUAUGGAUAUUUUAGUUUUGACAAUCAUUUGUGGUUUCAAAAACUGGACGAGUUGAAUAUUGGGCAGAAGUUUAGGACAGAUGUAGAGCGCAUUAUAAAAAAACAACCAAAAUUACUAUUCCUUCAAAAUGAUGGUAUUUUGGUUCAAGUCGUGAAUUUUCUACCAUAUUUACCCAAUAUUAUUGUCAAGCUUGGGAAAAAUGGCGUAUUAAUAGCACAGACAUUGGAUGAAUUGGAAAGCUUCGCAAGUGAUUUCGAAAUGAAACAAGCAGAUAAUAAAAUCGAAGUUAUUAUUCCUAAAAGGCAAGGAAAAGGUGGAACUAGAUACUUUGAACCAAUUUUACUUGAUUCGCAAAAGCGUAUAAAUUCUUCUGGUACAGGAGACAGCUUUGUUGGAACAUUAAUUUCUGGAUUAAUGCUGCAUUCGAGUUCUAAAAUUGAUAAAAUUGUUGACAUAGCACAACAAGUUGCAGUUAUGACAUUACAGUCAUAUAAUUCUGUUAGUGAGAAUAUUAAUUCUGACCUUUUAAAAUUUUAA